AUGUCCAGAGAGUCGCAGGCUCAUUUGCUGAAGAGAGGUCAUAGAUUUCACAUUUCCAAGGAUUUGAAUAUAGCAAAGAGUUGGUGCAUCCUGAAACCUUUCGUUGUCGAGCACAUCGUUGGGUCAGGAUACGAGGCCGUUCCCUAUGUCAUCGAUACGAAGGUCUAUCAGAUCGGUCACAUUUUCGUUCGGGAAUCUUCUCAGGUGCAAUGCUUCUGCGCCGUUCCGCAAUUGAAACUGCUCGGUCCGAUUCGCGACUUCCUCGUACACGAGGAAAGCAACGCCAGGUGGCUGGAUAAAGAUCUUCCAACGAUCAAGACUACCGGCGAUGAAAGGGAUUUUCGGGUGAUACUCGAAGGUAGCAAGCAGGAGCUGCACUUCAGAGCUUUCGAUUGCCAUUUCCUGGAUAAGGUGCCGGACCUGUCGAUCGAGGGAGAGAUGACCAUAGAUCGCUCGACUCACGAAGACCUCGCAACGGCGGAUUGGUUCGGUCUGAUUACCGGAGUGUUCGUUGCGGGCGAGUUCGACAUUCACGUGAGGAGGAACAAUCGCGAGAGAGUCUUCUACGUCGGUGAGAAAUCGAACACCAUCCUGUUCAAAUACGAAAUUUGCAAAAUGGACAAGAACGGGACCGUGUACGAAACUUCGAUCGAGGAAAUGGAGUGCAAAUGGUUGCCCGUGAAAGAAGGGAACAUGAACGAGCUGCCCGUCACCGAGUUCGUCAAUCAGUCAACGAGAGCCAGAAGUCAAAACUCCUGA